CUCGCCCACCGGCGCAAGCGCACAAAAGUUUCUCCCGAGAACAGCUCUGGAGGCUCUGUGUCCAGCAAGCCAGACUCCACUGUCAAAGCUUCGAGUGCGCCCGCUGAAUCUACCGAUGCCAGCGAGCUCAACUCCGGCGACGAGAGCAGCGAGCUGUCCGAGUCGAGCGAAGAGCCCAGCGACUUGAGCUCCAGCGAGGACGACGAUGACAUUGACGAGACCACUAAGAUGGACGCCGAAACACCUGAAGAGCCAGAGGUCGUGAAUCUGAGGGCAAACAGAGGGCAGAAGCCUACGUACAAGCUGGACGAAGAGGGUCUGGGUCCAGAUAUCAGGACUUUUCUCAAAGAUUUUCUACCGCAGCUGAAGGCCGCAAACGAAGAGCUCGAGGCCGAGCGCAAGCAGGGCACCCUCAAGAAGCGCGAAAUCGACGCUGUGGACGGAGAGGACGAUGAGCAGUAUAUCGAGAUGAACCUCGGCCUCGGUGUGCUCAAGAUGAAAGACGGCGAGGACAGCUCUACAAGCGGCAGCGAUACCGAGAUGAGCGAUGACGAAGACACAGUAAAUGAGAAGGAUGUACUGGGCAAACUCAUGGGCCAGGAGAAGAAGAAGGAUGCCGCCGCUAUUCAGGAAGUCAGCGACAAGCAGGGCUCAUGA